AUGUCCGCUCUCCACACGGCACCGGCUGGUUUCUUCGAUCUACAAAGACCCGCUGCUUGGAGGUCAUCACGUCCGUCAACGCGGCCCGGCCACGCGGUUGAAGACGGUGCGGUCACGGACAGCGAUGCCUCGGCAGCACAACCCCGAAACGAAGCCGAUCAUGAGGAGGAAUACGCAGAAGAGGAUAUCGAUGAUUCAGUGAAGGAGGACAUGCAGAAACUUGAAGAUACUUUUCCAGGAAUCUCAGACCGGUUUCGACUGGUCAAUAGGAUUGGAGAAGGGACAUUUUCCACCGUGUAUAAAGCGGAAGAUCUACUAUAUGAUCACUACAGGAAUGACUGGGACAUGUUCCAAGGCAAUCACAAUGACGCUUGGGGCAGUCCACCGCCAAAGAGGCGCCGGUUGGAAGAUGAGAGCGGCCGGUCAUUGCCCCCCAAACGAAGGAGACCUCGAUUCGUGGCUUUGAAAAAGAUCUACGUGACAAGCAGCCCUCUUCGCAUCCAGAACGAACUUGAACUACUGCAUGAUUUACGUGGAUGCCGAUCCGUAUGUCCCUUAAUCACUGCCUUCCGGUACCAAGAUCAGGUCGUCGCCGUCUUGCCCUUUUUCCCUCAUACCGACUUUCGAAUCCAAUACCGUACUUUCCUAGUCUCGGAUAUGCGAGAUUAUUUUAGGUCAUUAUUUACCGCCCUACAUUCGGUUCAUAAACAUAACAUUCUCCAUCGCGACAUAAAACCAACCAACUUUCUCUACAACCCGGAACUCCGAGAAGGUGUUCUAGUUGACUUCGGUCUAGCGGAACGCGAGGGGGCUGAGUAUACUGGCACAUGCCUGUGCGCCAACUCGGGCUAUGUACGCCGCAGUCGCUUCACGCAGAGUUACUAUUACACCCAUUGUUCGCUGAACGCGCCAUCGGCAGGGCAUCCAAAAAAUGACUCCAGGCCGUCAAAACGAGCCAAUCGAGCUGGGACCCGAGGCUUUCGUGCGCCGGAGGUUCUGUUCAAAUGCACCUCUCAAACAACCAAGAUCGACAUGUGGUCCGCCGGGGUCAUCCUUCUAACCUUACUUGGGCGGCGGUUUCCAUUCUUCAACUCGGCUGAUGACGUUGACGCAAUGAUAGAAAUGGCAAGCAUCUUUGGCACGCGUCGUAUGAAAUCGGCAGCCGUCAUGCAUGGCCAAAUCUUCGAAACCAAUAUUCCAACCAUCGGUGAAAAGGGAUACAGUUGGGAGAAGCUCGUAAAGUGGGCUAGUUGUGUAGAAGAACUGACAGAGAGCGAGAAACAGGCCACGCGUCUUCUGGCUGGUCUCAUGGAACUAGAUCCCUACAAACGCAUGAGCGCCAAAGAGGCCCUGCAACACGAGUUCUUCACCCAGCCCAUAAGCCACGACGUACCAUGGGGAGGACACCCCGAAGACAGCGCAGAUACUGGUGAGGAUGGCGAAGGAGAAAGAGAAGAGGAUGCAGACGAGGUGGCUAUGGUUUAG